UAAAGCCCCGUUUUCAUUUCCGGUUCACGUCAGAUUGGAUGACAUUGUCGCAAGUAAUGGCACACACGCUAGUAGCCUCAAUAUAACGGGUUAUUUAUCCUCUUGCGCAUUAAUUAAAGACUACCGAACGUGCAUUUUUGUUAUUAUGGACGACAUGUCUUCUACUACUGCGGGUUUCAACGAGGAGACGCAGCAGCAAGGAGCACAGGUCUCUCCCACUCUACCCGACAUCAGCAUCCUCAACCCCACGGAGGAGGAGAUAAGGGUGCUGAAAGAAUGUCAGUCGGAGAGUUUAAUGUUCAGACAGUUGCCCUUUGCUGUGCUGGGCGCUGCCGUGGGUCAUGGCCUUGUUGUCAAAGGGAUUCUCUCUGCAUCUGCGAGGUUUGGAGCUUUACCCAAAGUGGCCUUUGGGAUCCUUUUUGGCUCCGUGGCGGGGCAGUUGUCCUACAUCCCGACGUGUCGGGAGAAGUUGAAGAAGUUGGACAACUCUCCGAUAGGAGAGCAUUUGAGACGGAUGUCGCUGCAGCUUCCACAGUCUCCCGGCGGUCCUCAGUCAGAGAUGAGCGACCCCGACACCCCCAGCUUUGACGCCAUGUUCCGGCCAGCAGAAGACACCGGCCAGACACCAGAGCGAGGAUAUCCAAGAAGGAGUGUGGACUUCAACGCGCCAGUCCAGACCGACAUGGAGGACGACGUCCCCAAGAGGAAGGCCACCCUCUAUGAAGACCUGCGGCUCAAAAACCGAGAGAACUACGAGGUGACGCUGACUCAAAAGGCGGAGACGCUCCUUAAAGCCCCGCCUGAGAAGGAGUGGGAAAGACCGACCAAGAACGUGAAGACCAACAGCUACGGAGACACCUGGGAGGAGUGAGUCAGGUGACACUACCUCAGCGGCCAUUACUGACUUUGAAGGGACUCGUGCGUGGUUCUGUUGACUUUGUCUUUGCAAAUUAAACCAAAGUGCUGACGUCGUCA